ACGGCCUUUUGGGCCUUGGCAUGAGUUUACAUAAACCAAAAAAAUGAAGAAAAGAAACACAGGGUUAAUGGCAUUUAGGCAAUUGGCAAUCGGUGGCAUGAAAGAAAAUUGAGAUCCUCUGCGCUGCUUCUAGCUUUCGUUCCUGCUGCUGCUGCUGGUGGCCGUCGUGAAGGAGUCGGAGUUUGUCCUUUGGGGUAUUGGAGAUUCUGUCGCUGCCUUGUGAUUAAUAAUCAUCAAUCAUCAAGAAUCAAUCGAAAGUAUCAGAUGGCCAUAGCAGGGGCAGGGCAGCUUAAUCUGAACGAGUCGCCUUGUUGGGGAUCCAGAAGCGUGGAUUGUUUCGAAAAACUCGAGCAGAUUGGCGAGGGCACCUACGGUCAAGUUUACAUGGCGAAGGAAAUAAAGACCGGUGAAAUUGUUGCUUUGAAGAAAAUUCGCAUGGACAAUGAGAGAGAAGGAUUCCCGAUAACUGCAAUACGUGAAAUUAAAAUUCUGAAGAAGCUACACCAUGAGAAUGUAAUUAAGCUCAAAGAGAUUGUCACUUCUCCUGGUCCAGAGAAGGACGACCAGGGUAGACCAGAUGGUAAUAAAUAUAAAGGUGGAAUUUACAUGGUUUUUGAAUACAUGGAUCAUGAUUUGACUGGCCUUGCUGAUCGACCUGGGAUGAGAUUUUCAGUUCCCCAAAUUAAGUGCUACAUGAGGCAACUUCUUACAGGGCUUCACUAUUGUCAUGUAAAUCAAGUACUUCACCGUGAUAUCAAAGGCUCUAAUCUUCUCAUAGACAAUGAGGGUAACCUCAAGCUUGCAGAUUUUGGGCUUGCCCGCUCAUUCUCAAAUGAUCACAAUGCAAAUCUCACAAAUCGUGUUAUUACUUUAUGGUACAGACCUCCAGAGCUCCUUCUUGGAGCAACAAAGUAUGGUCCUGCAGUUGAUAUGUGGUCUGUUGGUUGUAUAUUUGCUGAGCUCUUGCAUGGGAAGCCUAUUUUUCCUGGAAAAGAUGAGCCAGAACAAUUAAAUAAGAUAUUCGAGCUGUGUGGAGCACCAGAUGAAGUCAACUGGCCUGGGGUUUCUAAGAUUCCUUGGUAUACCACCUUCAAGCCAACAAGGCCAAUGAAGAGACGUCUCCGAGAAGUUUUUAGGCAUUUUGACCGUCAUGCUUUGGAAUUGUUGGAGAGGAUGUUGAUGCUUGAUCCAUCUCAGAGAAUAUCCGCCAAGGAUGCACUUGAUGCUGAGUAUUUCUGGACAGACCCAUUGCCUUGCGAUCCAAAGAGCUUGCCAAAAUAUGAAUCAUCACAUGAGUUCCAAACGAAGAAAAAGCGGCAGCAACAGCGACAACAUGAAGAAAAUGCAAAGCGUCAGAAACUACAGCAUCCACAACCUCACACCCGCCUUCCACCUAUUCAGCAGUCUGGGCAAGCACAUGCACAGAUGCGGCCAGGACCUAACCACCCAUGCAUUUCUCAACCCCCAGUUGCUGCAGGGCCUAGCCACCAUUAUGGGAAGCCUCGUGGACCUGCAGGUGGGCCUGGUAGGUACCCCCCAAGUGGAACCGGUGGGGGGUACAAUCACCCAAAUCGUGGUGGUCAAGGCGGCGGUGGAGGUUAUAGCAGUGGCCAAUAUCCACACCAAGGACGGGCCCCACCAUAUGGCUCAAGUAGUAUGCCUGGCGCUGGUCAGGGUGGUGGGGGUAGUGGUUAUGGAGUUGGAGCUCAAUACUCUCAAGGUGGUCCGUAUGGUAGUUCUGGAGCUGGACGUGGCUCUAACAUGAUGGGUAACCGCAAUCAACAGUAUGGCUGGCAGCAGUGAUGUUGUGAUUUGGUAAUUAUGUAAUCAGUAGCACGGUAUCAUGUAUUGAUGAUUAGAAAAGAAGCUUGUUUUGUUGUCCAAGGAAAUUGCCGUAAAAAAGACUGAUGAGCACUUGUGAAUGCUGGCUAGUUUUGUCCUCUGACUAGCUUGAGUUAUUGAGUAUAUGAUUUUGCCAUUAUUAAGUGUCAGCAUGGCUGACUUUGCUCCCAUUCUUAAUAUUA